AUGCACUAUGGCCGAAAAGCUUUUUCAAAAACAGGUGAAGAUACAAUUGUUCCCAAAAAGGUUUUCUUCAAUGGUAGAGUAAGUCGAGCAGUAAAUUUAGCAAUUGGUUUUUGCACCGGUGGCUUUACCACGGCGCGCGGCACGGUCGCUGUCGCAAGAAGCAGCAGCAGUACCGCGCCAACACCUUGUGAAAUGGUCGUAUCUAACACUAUAUUAAUUCCCGACCCGCCUCGGUGGGUUUUGUUUAACAAAAACUUUGCGCUGUGCCACAAAAAAUCUAAAUUCGCAAGUUUAUAUUGUAUGUGUGUCAUCAAGUGUUUGGCGAUGUCUCAAGCUGAACUAGAAGAUUUUAGUACUUUUUUACAAGAAACUUCGCAAUUGGAUCAGAAUGUUAAGAGUAACAUUCCUAACGACUAUGACGAUGAUGUCCAUGUAUCUGACCACGCUUGGGAAGAAAGCGGCAAAUUUGAGGGUGACUUGAUUCUAAAUGAUCGACAAAGACGUAUGAUAGUAGCUAGUGUCGCCGAGGGACUCGCUCGCAAUGGUAUAUCUGACACAACGAAACGUUGGCCGAAUAAUGAAGUAAUUUACUACAUUCAAAUCGAACAUUUCUCAAAUGAUCAAAUCCAGUCAAUUCAAAAUGGUAUAGAUGAUUUAGCUAGAGCUUCUUGCGUAAAGUUUACGCCAUACAAAAAAGGAGAUCGCGAUGCAGUUGUAAUACAGGGCAGCAGAAGAGGAUGUUUUUCACAAGUAGGAUAUCAAGGAGGAUACCAAAUUAUGAAUCUUAAUAGCCGCCAUCCAGCGGGACGAGGUUGUUUCCGCCAUGGAACUGUUGUACAUGAAAUGUUACAUACACUAGGAUUCUACCACAUGCAAAGUAGUCCUGAUCGUGAUGAUUAUAUUGAUGUUUUAUGGCCUAAUAUUCUCAAGAAAGCUAGACACAAUUUUCGGAAAUAUAAUUCAUUCUCGGUUUCGGACUUUGGUGUGGGCUACGACUAUGACAGCGUCCUACAUUAUAGCCGUAAAGCAUUCUCUGUAAAUGGACAAGAUACUUUGGUUCCUAAACAGCUUGGUGCACAAAUAGGGCAAAGAAUAGGUAUGUCCGACAAAGAUAUUGAAAAGCUCAACAAAAUGUAUUGUGAUGCAGAUUCAGACCUCCCCUCUGAUAGUAAUGAUUCAAUUCAAAAAGUACACAAGAAAAAACAUAAAAAUAAGCCAUUUGAAGGUCAAGGAUUGGGAUACCAAAAAGUAAACCAGAGGGACAGAAUCCGCUUAUUCAGGGAGCUAGAGCUAGAGAAGAAA